AUGGCCCACGAAGACUCCAAAGGCCGCUCCGAGGCGCCACCGCCUUAUUAUUCCGCAUCCGAAUACCCCGUGGACGAGAAGUCGGAUGCCGAAUUUGUCCUUCCACGAGAGUCGGAUGAGCCUGGGUUCGCAGUUUCGUCCACUUUGUCAAGGGGACUCCAGGUGCCUUCACGGACUUCGGCCUGCAGCUCGGGAUUUGACUUCCCUGAAGAACUCACUCGAUACGGGAUAUCACAAGAACAUUGGCGCCAAUUUACACAAGCAAUCAAAGACGAAGCCAAGCUCUCUCGGCAACAAUGGACCACGGUGAUCGGCCGAGGUUUCGGGACGCUUGCCGUCGGCGGCCUCAUGAUCGGCUUCCUUAGCGCCUUCCCAGCUCUGCUUGUCGCUCGUACAUCCCAGAAAAACCAAGAACGACGGAACUUGAUUGCCAGUAUGGCCGGUGCACGUGGAGAGCAUCUUACACGUCAUAUCUUGCAUUGGAAUGAGACUUUCUUCCGACCUCGAGGGGUUUUGAUCCGUGUCGACCUGCCAAAUGAAUAUCUCGACGAUAUGAAGAGUAUGGAUCUUCAUAAAAAUACCAAAAAGCCUCGAUCCGAUCAAGAGGCACACCAGAAAGCAGCCCUGAAGGCACGGAUUGUGAUUAUCCCCUUGGACGGGUCCCCUGGGGCAUCUGGGAGCACUUCGAGACGAGAAUCGUACGCAUGA